UUUGUUCUGGCUCAACGUGUCUUCAUGAUGAGGUCGUGGCGUCGCUCGUGCACCAGGAAAUGGAGGCAGAGCAGCGGUGGAUGAGUUGGUAGCUGCGGUUCAGAAACUGGGAGGAGAAACAAGCGAGACGACAGGCGACGACUUCCAGCUCUGAGAGGCUUCGAGCAUCCGCAGGAGAAGAUGAGCGACGCGACGCAGCCCAAAGUGGAGCUGUUUGUGAAGGCAGGGAGCGACGGCCAGAGCAUCGGAAACUGUCCGUUCUCCCAGCGUCUGUUCAUGGUGCUGUGGCUGAAAGGAGUCACCUUUGAUGUUACCACCGUGGAUAUGAAGAGGAAGCCUGACAUCUUGAAGGACCUGGCUCCCGGCGCUCAGCCGCCCUUCCUGUUGUACGGUGGCGAGGUGAAAACUGACACCAACAAGAUUGAGGAGUUCCUGGAGGACAGUCUCUGCCCUCCAAAAUAUCCACGUCUGGCCGCUCGUAACCCAGAGUCCAACACAGCCGGCAUGGACGUCUUCUCCAAAUUCUCUGCUUACGUCAAGAACUCAAACCCGCAGGCCAACGAAAAUCUAGAGAAAGGCCUGCUGAAGGCCCUCAAGAAGCUCGACGACUUCCUCGGCUCCCCACUUCCUGAUGAAAUCGACGAGAAUAGCGCCGAUGAGGUCACUUCCUCAUCCCGCCCCUUCCUGGACGGCCAAGGGCUUACUCUGUCUGACUGCAACUUGCUGCCUAAGCUCCACAUCGUGAAGGUGGUGUGUUUGAAAUACAGGAAAUUCAGCAUCCCUCAGUAUCUGACGAACCUGUGGAGGUACCUGAAUGCUGCGUAUGCCCGGGAGGAGUUUGCCUCCACCUGCCCGAUCGACGACGAGAUCCACAUCGCUUACUCCUGUGUAGCCAAAGCUCUCAAGUAGGAGGACAGCAGGAUGCACAAGUCGCACAUACACCAGCAGAACAACACACAAAAAGCACAAAAACAACACCCAUUCAAUCUGCAAGCAACGUGAUGGCUCUGAUGCUCUGUUCCUGCAGCUUUUAUGUCCGUUCCCUUGUUUCAUGCAGCUUUAAAAGUCCAUAUUCUGCCCAUCACGGUUUCAUAGCCAACCAAAAACAUUCAAAACUAUUUGGAGGAUGCUCCCUUCCGCUAUCGAGCCACAAAGUUGUUACCAUCUACGCAGACAAUUCGACCUCAUAGUUUCAGCUGCAGUCGUGCACUCAUCCACAAGUGUCAUGGGAUGUAGUUGUCUCUCGUAUCUGUAAAGUUUUCUUUCACUCACAAGUCUGUGUACUUGAAACAAAUGGGUUCUUUCCGGACUCAUACAACAUCCGUCCAGUAGCUUUUGUGAAACCCUGCUAAUUUACAGACAGAAAAACAAAGCAAAAACAUAACCUGCUUGGCCAAGGUAAAAAGUUCAUUCCAUGUUAAAGUUAUGUCACCGCCAAACUUGUUGACUGCCCUCAAAUUAUCUGAGUUUUCCUGCACAACCUCAUCACGUUGCCUGAAGACACACACACACACUCACUUAAACUACAGCCUUGCUUGUGUACAUUUCCCCCAUCAGUAGAUUUAUACUGUAACGUUGGAAAUGUUUCUUCAUCCCUACUCGACAAUCGGCUCGGUUUACACCUAAUAUUUUGUAUUAAGGGAGAAUCAAACAGACACAACGCUGCCUAUGAGAUCAGACUUUCACUAGAACCUCGCAAGCCUCCUACAAGCUGAUUCAGCUCUUAUUUUCUAUCUUGGUAUUAAGGACCAGGAACAAGGCCUUGUAUUUUUUUUGUAAAACCAACUUUCUUUCAAACAGUGUUUUAUUCUUUCACUCGGAGAGGAACCACAUUAGGGGGGCAGAGCUGAAAAUGGUUGUAGACAGGAAACGGUUUCAAUAGACUCGGGCUUCCUCUUUCUCUGCUCCCACAGCAGGCGCGGAGGAUUAUUCAAGAUUAACUAGCUUGGUUGUGAUCCGCUGUAAGAGCCUCCUCUGCUCUACCUGUCAUGUAUGAAGUAUGUUAAUGUAGUUGAAGAAUCCCUAUGAAUGAAGGAGAUCGGGUCGUCAGUGGAGGAAGAGGUGAAGGUCGUUUGUUGACUGCAGAAGUUUUCAGUGCAAACACUCGAGCGGCCGCCUGCAGCAGCUCGAGCUCUGUCAUGUUCCUCAUGACGUUGGGGGGGGGGAGGGGGUGAAGCAGAACUAAAAUGUAGAAAUGCACAAAAUGAAAAUAGGAUCUGCAGUUUUAUGUUGGAGUUUGUAAUUAAUUCAAAGAAAAGGCUCAUGUUGUUUAUAUUAUCAGCGAAAAGACCAAUACGGUGUGCUUGUCUCUCUCUGUACUUUCUGUUCCGAGCCGCAGUGAUAAGUCAAUUUACAGAUUAUUUGAUUAAUAAGAAUUGAAUCUGUAACUAGUUUGAUAAUCAAAUAAUUGUCGUAAAAUUAGUGCCAUCCCUCAAAACUGAUCUAUUGACUUCCUGGCGAUUCCUGACAUUUAAGCUGACCGUGGUUAACACUGCACCACCGGAAAUCACUUUUUCUUCGUCGUCGCUCCUUAAAAAUAUUUGCCAAAACUGCUGGUUUCAGGCAGCAAAAGAAAAGAAAAACUCUCUGUACCAGCAGCUUGUCUAGAGGAUUUUAUAAACCGCAGGGCACCGUGCACGUUAACAUUUACUGAGGCUGUUUGCGAUUAAAACUUAAUUUUAACAGUAGGCCGCGGUUUAGACAUCUUUUUGGUCGGCGUCUUCAUAUGUCGGGUCUCUCAGAUCAGAGACGAAAUGGAACCUAAGUGCAAUUUAAACUGAAAAGACAAUCCUGUGCACAGACUUUGAGUUUAAACAUGUGGUGUCAUCACAGUUGGUUAUUUUUCCCCCCAGAUGUUUAAUGAAACAUGUUGAACCCCUCCGCUGUCUUUACUGCUUUGUGUAAUUCAAGUGUUGAUGAAACCGAAUGUUGUACUUGACUGAAUUGUUUUGGAUUUCAUCUACUUUCAAACACGUUUAAAGGGAUCGAGUCUGACUAAUUUAAUAGUUAAUGUAUUUCAAUAUCUCUUCUCUCCGAGACAAAGAGUUUUUCAUUCUCCCUGUUUGACUUCAUACAAUUUCAGGGACCAUUCAACCUGUUACAUUCAUUUAUUGUCAUUAGUUUUGUUUUUAACCCUUGAUUAUUACUAUUUUUUAUCUUUACCAUGCAUGGGACCUAUAUUGUGCUUUUCACUUUGUUUCCUGCCGCUUUGCAUUUUCCUUCAAGUAUUUUAGCCGUUGUCUUUUUUGCCCAGCUGUUUGCCAUGUAGUUUGAAGCAGUUGCACUUAAACGUCCGCAGAUUGAAACCGGUGCUGUGGACAUUAAAUAACAAUAAAAACAACCAAACUAAUAGCACAGCAGAAAUGUAUUUUAUACUUAAAAGCUCUUUAAAAAAAACACAUUUAUUAAUGUCCCAAUAAAAAUAUCCUCAUGAUGAAACAAA